AUGCCUCUCCCAGCCAUACCUGACGAGGUCAAACAAGUCUUCGGAAAGUACAAAACUUUCAAAGCGUUCAUACCAACCCAAUAUGAGCAGGAAUAUCUCUACGGGGUCCGCGGCGUCUUGUUGAUUGAGACCUUUCUGUGGAUGUUCCUGCAGACUUUCGUACCCGUCGCCGUCGCAGGCAGUCAAGACACCAAUGGCAGACUGUAUCAGCGAAUACUGCGGAAGACGCUGUCGGUGCUCUUCUGGAACGAAAACUUGCUCUACGGUUCCAUCAUCUUCCUGUCCGCUCGCUCCAUCGCCAUCCCUUUCCUCAAGAAGCCGUGCAAAGAGCAAAUCGCCAGAUCCGUCAUGACCCGUGGGAUUACCUUGUGGUUCCCCGUGGCGGUCGCCCUCGCCAUCGUCAAAUUGGCCUUCACCGGCAUGGGCCUUCACUACAUCUACGAAUUCAAAGAAAGCACCCGAAACCAUUCCAUGGCCGUCCCUUAUGGGUUACCCAACGCUUUCGCCUACUUUAACUCCGUCUUCAACCUAUUCUGGACGACUCGCAACUUCAACGUCCAAGCCGGAAGCACUGCCUUCCCGACGCAAACCUUGUGGAUCGUCAACGCCAUCUACUCGCAAAGCUACACCGUCUAUAUGACCAUGGUCAUCAUCCCUUACACACGCUCCAAAUGGCGGGUCCAAGGUGCCAUUUGCUUCAUUCUCGCGGCGUGGUGGGUCCAAUCGUGGGCCUGGUUCACCAUCUCUGGUCUCCUCAUCUGUGACAUGGUCAUGAACAUGAACUUUAAAGCCAAAGCGCAAGCUGGCAUUCCCUUGGUCUUGCCAUUGGGAGCAUUCAGAAAAUCUGAUGGUUGCCCGAGAAGAAUCCCCGUCUGGAUCCCCGCGGCCUUGUGUAUCACGGGGGGAUUGCUCAUGCAAUUCCUGUGGACGGCAUGGAGGCCCGACCUUUUGAACAAGGAGUACUUUGCCCACAGCAACAUAUACUAUACCGCUGGGCUGAACUACGACUACGAAGAGCAUCACACACAAGCCAGAGCCGAUAACUAUUUGUACCUCGUGGGCUUCUUCCUGCUCCUUGAGACGUACCACGUCGUACAACGAAUUUUCAACAACCCCUUCCUGAAAUUCCUCGGCAAGCGAUCGUUGAGUUACUUCCUCAUCCAACCCAUCAUCAUCUAUACCGUUGGAAUCAAGACGUUUUCCCAACUCCGCUCCCAACACGUCAAUUUCGGAGGAUCGUGCACGGUCACCCUCAUCACCUGUCUCGUCAUCAUUGUCCCCCUCGCAGAGCUUUUCUACCGAUGCGUGGAGAUUCCCAGUAAAGUAGGAGCACACAAAUUUUAUGAUUUCAUUACCUCUUGA